GUGGGUGUGUGCUUGAGAGAGUCACGGCUGUAGGUCGGACACUUGGGGCCUCCUUGAGGCCCCCUUUUCUGGCCAUGUGGGAGGCGACAGUGCCGCCCUAGUCGGGAGUAGGGAGGAUUUCGAUGGCUGAACCCUUUAAUGUGGCUUUCUGGCACCGCUGCUCUCCCUGCUCUACCUGCUGCCUCCUCUGCUUUUUGUAAUACUUCAGGUAUGUGGUGGAAAGUACCAGGCUGGGACAGAGGGCGUCCCCCAGCCUGUGCUCAGCCCUGGUCUCCGUGGCCCUCUCCCAGCAUUCAGUCUCCGCUGGGACUGCCAGCAAAGAGCCAGUUAUUUUCAGGUGUUUCAGGUUCUUUCUGUGCCUGUAGAACACCACCGAAGCCACUGAACUGCCAGCUGAACGAGAGUCAAGUGGUGACUUAAAAGUCGCUGUCUCCAAACUCCUGUACCAGUUGUUCACCCGCAUAUGCUCGAGAAUAACUUUCUUUGUGGCAUUUACUGCUUGGAGGAGGCAGCUGCACUGAAAGCUGGCUGUGAGGGGAGCUGCUUUUCAGCUUUCGCCGAAUUACAGUGGGGUGAAAACAAAUCCACAUCUGUCCUGUUCACAACAAAUGUGUCUUGUGGAGGAUCAUUUCAGUUAGGAUAAUUAUAUUAAAUAAUUGUUUUCUGUGGUUUUCUAGCUUGCUGCGUGCCCUGCAAUCUAGAGCUGCUGUGUGACAGUCGAAACUCCACCACCACCAGGCGUGUGUGUAUUAAACGCAGCGGCCAAUCAGCAGUGCCUGAAACUAAAGGCGAUUUGCCUCAACUCUUUGUAGUGUAAAUAUUCCUGCUAUGAACAAAGGAGGGUGUGUCGUUGGGCUUGUUUCAUUUGUACUUCCAUGUGCUUCCUCAUCUGUGGCCAGUCAGUGAUUCUGUGGAGGUUCUGAAACAGUCGCAAUUUCACUUUGUUGUGAAUUGUGCAUUUGUGCUGUCUUGGGCAUUUUAUUGAGCUGGGGUGCUCAGAGGCUUGGUGCUAUAUUAGGCAUUUUUGUUACGUUCUUUUUAAUAACUGUGCUCUGAAGUGACUUAGUUUUGCUCCUUUUUAACUUUUACUGUCUCUGAUUAUAACUUUUAAGUUAAUUCAGCUGAGAUGCAGUGUAAAAUAAGUAUUUAGCAGAACUGCCUUUAACCAGCUGUUCCUCUGCCCUCUGAUUAUACAGCACAGAAACCACCAAUUUCAAACUUAAUGUUUUGCCAGCCAGCUAUCUGUGCAACUCUAAACCACAGUGCUUCUGAAAUCUCUAUUUUCUGUGAGGGCUCAUAACGUUUGAUUUAAAGAGGAUGGGAAAUGACACUAAAAUCCUGAUUUGUGCAUAGCAGACUCUCUUUAGACUGUUUUAUCUUUGUGUGUUUAAACAGUUUUAUGCUGCUCCUGUGAUUCCUGAUUCUUGGAAACUGAGGGUAUAAAUUAAUGUUAAUACCUUAAUUUCUAAGUUAAACAGAUACUACAGUAACACACACACACAGGCUAGACCUGAAUCUUUAAUUGCCAACUUAAAGGAAAAUCUCUUCUCUGGGUAGAGUCAGACUGCAUAGGAGUACAGUAUGCUGUAAUUUGCUUGCAAUCUGGCUCCUGCUAAUUAUCCUGAAACAGAUAUUGGGUAAAAAAGAGGCCUGGCACAGCUAUGGAAACAGGUAAUUUAAUGUAUUAUCAGUGUGUGUGAAUUUGAAGUUGCAAAGAGCUUCACUCACUGCAGGUAUUCCUUUCAAAUCUCAGCUAAAAUGCCUGAGUUUCACAGCUACUGAAGGUGAUACUCCCAAGAGUGAGUAGAUGUGUGUCACUAGAGGAAACAUGGGAUGGAAUACAAGGGUUAGCUCUUCAGGAAAAGACAGAGAUCAAAGGACAUGUAUACCUCUGAGAAACCUUCUCCAACAAGAUACCUUGCUUCAAGACCUGUCUUGGAUUAUAUACAAAGAAAUUUCCAGUCAUGAGUGCAGAUGCUGAGCAGGAUGCUGCUAUCAAACUUGCCCAGGAACGAGCAGAGAUAGUUGCCAAGUAUGACAGAGGACGUGAGGGUGCUCAGAUUGAACCGUGGGAAGAUGCUGACUACCAUCUUUACAAAGUCACAGAUAGAUUUGGGUUUCUACAUCCAGAGGAGCUUCCUGUCCAUGAUGUGGUGAUAGAAAAGCAAAAGCAACUUGAAAUUGAAAGAACUGCAAAAUGGCUUAAGAUGCUGAAAAGUUGGGAAAAAUACAAGAAUAGUGAAAAGUUUCAUAGGAGAAUUUAUAAAGGGAUCCCACUGCAGUUCAGAGGACAAGUCUGGUCUUUGUUGCUUGAUGUUCCUAAGAUGAAAGAAGAAAUGAAAGACUUUUAUAAUAAAUUGAAGUGUCAAGCACGAGGGUCUUCCCCAGACAUUCGGCAAAUUGACCUGGAUGUGAACCGGACGUACAGAGACCACAUCAUGUUCCGGGACAGAUAUGGUGUCAAGCAACAAUCUUUGUUCCAUGUUUUAGCUGCAUAUUCCAUAUAUAAUACGGAGGUUGGAUACUGUCAGGGAAUGAGCCAGAUCACAGCUUUGCUUCUGAUGUACAUGAAUGAAGAAGAUGCCUUCUGGGCCUUGGUGAAGCUUCUCUCUGGUCCAAAGCACGCUAUGCAUGGUUUUUUUAUUCCUGGUUUCCCAAAGCUAUUGAGGUUUCAGGAACAUCAUGACAAAAUACUGAAGAAAUUUUUGUCCAAACUUAAGCAGCAUAUGGACUCCCAGGAUAUGCCCACCAGCUUUUACACAACCAAGUGGUUUUUCCAGUGUUUUCUUGAUCGUACUCCCUUUACAUUAAGCCUCAGGAUAUGGGAUAUCUACAUACUUGAAGGAGAGAGGAUUCUCACUGCUAUGUCUUACACAAUUCUGAAACUGCACAGAAAGCAUCUGAUGAAGUUACAAAUGGAAGAGCUUGUAGAAUUUCUGCAGGAGUCUUUAGCCAAGGAUUUCUUCUAUGAAGAUGACUUUGUAAUAGAGCAGCUCCAAAAUUCUAUAUCAGAAUUGAAACGAGCAAAGCUGGAUUUACCAGUAGCUGGUAAAGAAGAUGAAUUUCCAAAGAAGCCAUUGGGGCAGAUUCCACCAGGACCUCUGCCUUCUGUGCUUAACUCCACUCCAGUGCUUAAUGGACAGAACAGUACUGGUACACAAGCAGCAAGAAGGACAGAGAGAAGACCAUCCAUGGAAGAAGAACCAGAAAGUUCCUCAAAUGACCGAAAAAGAAUUAAUUCUGUGGAGAAGAAACCUUCCUUAAAACAGCAAAAGAUUCUACCAAUAGAGACACAAAACAGUUUGCCUAAGAAUGAGGUAGAUACCAGAAAAAAGCCUCAGCCAACAGAACAAGACAACUCGAGUCUAUACAAUAAUGCAGCUGCUAAUCAAAAUUCCAAUGCUACUUCCAAUACAAGAAGGGAAUUUGUGCCUAAGUGGAAUAAACCGUCUGACAUAAAAAUAAUGGAAAAGACAAUGAAACUCACUGCAGAGGUGAAAGGGAGGCCAGUAAACCAUUCGGUUUUGGGCCCACCACCAAGUCCUGGAGAAGUGCAGCCUUUGAAUGUAAAGCAAAAGGUGAGGGUUUUGGAUGCUGAUGAAGGUAAGCGAGGGUCUAAUGCAUCUCAGUAUGACAAUGUUUCAGAGGAGGAAACUGAGAAUGAGACUCUUGUUGAAGAGAUGCUUGAGAGAGCUCAUCCGCAAAGUCCUGGGCAUGUAGCAUUUUCUAAUAGUCCAAGAAAGCAAAUGGAAAAAAUACCAGCUCCAUUAAAAAUACCCAAUAAUUACACCUUCAUUUCACAACCCAGAUCUCCAAAAUAUGUGUCUCAGUCUGAUGGUCCAUCUCAUGGACUGAAUGUAAAACAGCCACUGCCAGGUUAUAGUAAUCCCCCUACUUACUAUGGGAGUUCUCCAAAGCAUGUUUCCAGUGUAGGCAAUUCAAGUUCUGCACCCCUGCAUUACCAAGGGAAUCGGCCCAGCCCCUCUGGAAGGCCCUAUGCUCCUUUUAUGUCAGUAGAUUAUUCCCCAAAUAAACUGCAAAUGAAUUCCCACCCUGCCAGUCGCCAAAAUCCUCUUUCACCAGCCCCUGCUCACACAGAAGUCAUUCCUGUUGAUGCUUACACCAGCAACUCGAGGUCCUCCCCAGGGGUCAAGUUCAUAAUCCCUCCAGCAGAUUAUUUACCAGAGGAGAGAAAGAGGCCAGACGCCGCCUACAUCUACAGACACGAACCCUACAGGCAGCCCUGGGGCCAAGACCUUAACAAAGGCCACUUGGAUAAUUUCCAGAAAUACCAGCAUUUCCAGUCAACACCUUUCCAAGACCGCAGUCUUCCUGCUGUUUCCGUGGAUAGUCCAGUGAGAUACAGGACUUCCCCAGCCUUUGAAGAGAAUGGUUCCCCACAGUACCAAUAUCCAAGCCCGUCAGCUCAAGCCCAACACUAUCGGAACAGAACUGAUGGAUUGUCUGUGCACGAGUCUGUGCUUCUCUGAGAAUCUGUGCUUAGUAAAGUGGCAAGAACCAAAACCAGUUGAACAGUACUGUGUUAGUAGUAUCCACCUCAGUUCUCUGGAGUGUGGGUGGUUCAUGUGAGUUCAAAAAUAACGACACUAUUUCAGACAUGUUUCAGACUUUGGUUGAAAGCUGGUGGAGUUCUUGGACUUGCAUGGAAGCUACUGGAAGUGAUCUAAUGCACAUAGACAUAGCAAUAAGCUCAUAUACAUCAUGUGGUCCAUGCUGUUGUCGCUCCUUACAUUUUAAAUAACUUGUGUUACAAUCCUUCUGCCUAAAACCUGUAACACACUGAAAAGUUUUAUUUUAACUGACGUUGUUAAUGCACUGUACAGAUGUGUGUGCGUGUGUGCCUGUGUGAGUGUGCACUCACAGUACACAAACUCAUACAGAAAAGAGCUAAAGAGUUUAAAUUUAAAUGCAUUUAACUUUGGGCAAAGCUUGUGAAGUUCUUUUAUUUCAUAUUAAUUUUUCUUUGUAAUUUAUUUGAGAAGCCAUUCAUUUUGAAUGGGAUUUUUUUGUCAUUUUUAUACAGCUGCCUCAGCAUCCCAGUAUCUGUUCUGGGCAGGAGAGAUGCUUUGGGAUUAUUAAUUUAAUCAUAUGUGAGAGUUAAUUUCCUCUCCUUUGACUACUGUUUGUCAUUUUCCUCAGCAGGAAGGAGCAGACAGGCAAAAGCAGAAAGCCAAAAAUGUCUCUCUAAUCUGGCUAAGAAAUGGUGCUUAAAUUCAGGGCAGUGUUUAGGGGUUUUUUAAGUGCAUCAGAAGUGGAGAAUUUAUACCUUCUCACCCAAGUCUACCUUCAGAAUGUCAUUCUGUAUAUAAAAGACUGGAGCACAGUGAGACUAAUGCCAGAUACAGAAAUGGUGCUGCACCCUUCACUUUUUGCCAUGCUGUGCUGUCAGACUAAAACUGGUUGCAGGGCCAAAUCUCACAGGUAUCAGAGAAUUGCACAGCUCGUUGACACCUCUGUGAAGUGCACGCAGGAGUUUGAGCUUUGCUCCAGGCUUGAUAUUCCCUGAGCUGUGUGAGUAUGCAGUGUCCUUCUCCAAAGCUUUGUGGAGUGGAUUCCGUUGUGUUUUGCCCUUUUCCCCCCAAGCUGCCGGCGGGUUCCUGUCUGUGGUGGGGCGUGUGCUGCUGUCGGGCUCGCGCUGCGCCGUGUUUCACACUAAAAUGACCCUGACUGUUGUUAACAGGAACCUUAAACUCCUGCUGAUGUAAGUAAUUCUAAUUAGUGUUUGCAGCCUUUUCUACUUUGUGUUUUCCUUUCUUUGACUGUGAAUCGGGGGUGGAAUUAAAAGCAGGCGAAGUGGCACACGUAGGAUGGGGUCCUGCGAGCCGCAGGAUGUGCUGACUUCUCACCGGGAGCUGAGGCAGAGGAGGGUCUCGCCAGGAGAGGUCCUUGGAGUGCUGAACAGAGAGGUUUCUCUAAUAUUGAAGUACUGAACAUUGGUAUCAACACCAGUUUGCAAGGUUGUCCUGUUCCCUUUUGUUUUGUAAGGUUUGUUAACUGAAAACAUAGAAAUGGAUAUUAUUUUUUUUUUCCUUUAAAGAAUGAGCUUUAGUGCCUAUUAUUGCUGCAGGUUGGCUCUGUAAGUUUUAAGGUACAGAAGUAAAACAAUUUUUACAAAUGGAAGUAACAUUUACUUAGUAUGUUUCAAAACUUUUUUUUUGUGUAUAUAACGUGUCUGAUGUAAUUUUUAAUAACUGGGCAAUUUUAUAUUUAAAAAUUGCAAACUGCAGCAAAUUAACUGUAGCCAAGCACUACACUGAAAUCCUAGACUAAAAUUGUGAAGAUAAAUAUGACUUGGGCUUACUUUAGUUCUGAUUGCUUACAGCAGCUUAGAAAUGUAUGUAUAUAAUAUUGUGGCUAAGUGUAAUAAUCUCAGUGUUUAAUGAUGAUUCUGUAAUUCAUAACGAAGCUGUACAAUUUAUUUGUGCAAAUGACAUGAGGCUCCAAAAUAUGUAUCAGCGUUAGUAAAUACUGUAGAUUUUUAUAUAUAAAAUAUAUACACACUAUUUUCUUAUUUCAUCUGCAACAGUUUUAUAACUGUGUACCCUAUUUUGAUGUGACUGUAUUUUUAACAUGUUAAAAUAAUAAUAAUUAAGCUUA